CCAACGGUCACGUGAGAAGUCACACAUAAAGACGGAGAAGAAAGAAGAAGAAGAAUCAGCAGAAGAAGAAGAAGAAGCAGAAUGACGACGGCCGCUCUAACUGCGGGUCUGGAGCGGAUCCCAGAUCAGCUCGGGUACCUGGUCAUCAGCGAGGACGGAGUUCUGGCCUCUGCAGGUGAGCUGGAGAACGACGAACACACAGCAGGUGUGAUGAUGCAGAUGAUCCGCACAGCAAGUCGCUUCAGGUUACCUGGAUCAGCUGAGCCACCCUUCAAACGCAUGUCAGUGAUCCUGGAAGAUUUCGUUUACACGGCGACGGUCUCUGGUCAGAAAGUUUUUGUGGUCAAACGUCAAAACAACCAGCAGGCCCCAAUCAGCGUUUAGAAAUCAAUCCACAGGACGUGAGAUGGCAGUCAGGUGGACUGAUGGUGAAGGUCGGAGGUCGACGGCGGGUUGCUCAGGGCGAGCUUCUUCCGGCGUGUGCAGCUUGUGUUUGAUGUACAGAGAGUUUACAGAAAGUUUUGUAAGUUUGAAUUUCUGUAUUUAACCUGCGUGUAAUUGAAAAUAAAAUGAUUUGAAAACCUGA